UAAAUAAAAUUUACAGAUUUUUUUAAGCAUAAAAGAUGGGAUCAGGAAAAAAAAAAGAUAAAAAAAAAAAGCGCAAGCGAGAAUAUGAGUAUGAUGAAGAAUCUUCUCCUCGGAAAAAUGCAAAAGAAGAUAAUGAUUACAAUAAAUAUUUGUCAAAAAAUAAAGAAACUUAUAAAUCUAGAAAAAAAGAAAAUUCCCCCCCUGUCCCUCCUGGUAUGGAUUGGCCUUAUGAAGCACCAAAAGUAUCUAGUUACACAAGAUCUCCUUUAAGUGAUGGUGAUACUGAUUGGAUGGCUGUUGAUGAUCGAAAUAGAGAUAGAGAUUACCAAAAUGAAGUUGAUAGAAAAUAUCAAUCGAAGUUGAAGGACGACAUUCGAAAAACUGAGUCAACAACAGCAACUUCUUCUCAAGGUGACGAGUCUUUAAGUAUAGAAGAAACUAACAAACUGAGAGCAAAGCUUGGAUUAAAACCACUUCAAAUCGGUUCAAGUUCUUCAACAGUGGAAGAGAAGUCAUACGAAGACAGAGAAGAUGUGCACAAACCUGCUGGAAACAUUAGUGUCCAACAAAGCUCAGAAAAGAUUCGUGAUAAAAUGGAAGCAAUUCGAGAGAAACGCAAGAUCAAUCAAAAACUACUAAAGGUGCGAGGAAUAGCUGAUGAUGAUGAUCCUGUUAUCGAUAGUGCUGCUGCAUGGGUAGCUAAAUCUCGAAUGUUAGAAAAAGAAAAAGUAAUGGCUGAAAAAAGGGCUCAAAUGCUGGAAGAGCUAGAUGAGGAAUUCGGAGUGUCUGAUAUAGUUGAAGAUGUUGUAGGCAAUAAAAACAAGCAAUCAUAUACAUCAAAAGAUUUAAAAGGUCUUAAAGUUGAACAUAAAGGAAAGGCAUUCCAGGAUGGGGAAGUUGUACUUACUUUAAAAGAUAAAGGAAUCCUAGAUGAAGACAAUGAAGAUGUUUUAAUGAACAUCAAUAUUCAAGAAGAAGAAAAGGCUAAGAAAAAUGUUUAUAAUCGUACGCAUAAACCUGGUUACAGAGCUUAUGAUGAAGUAGACGAUGACACAGGAUUGUUAAAAAUAAAAGGUGUGCUUGAUAAAUAUGACGAUGAAAUAAAUGGAACAAAGCAAGAGUCUUUUAGACUAGAUUCAUCAGGAAUAGCAGAUUUAGAAGGUGAAACAGGUUUAGAGAAAAUUAGAAAUACGUUAAAAGCGCAGCAGGUAUCACUAGAAUCUGAUGCUCUUAAAUUGGCCCGGGACUAUUUUACUGAAGAAGAAAUGAUAAAGUUCAAAAAGCCUAAAACAAAAGUACGCAAAGUUGUUCGCAAAAGGCAAAUACUGAAGGCUGAUGAUCUACUUAAACUGGAUUUGGAUUCAGUAAAAGACAGAGGUUCAAGGAAAUUAAAAAACUCAUUAAAGAAUUCUUUAAACUCAAACACUGAGCAGGACAUGGAAAUAACCCCAAUAAUUCCAGAUGAACUAGACUAUUUUGUUGCUGUAAAUCAAGUUGUCAAAGAAGAUGAACCUAUCAUUGAUGAUGAUGAAACAGAACAAGAGUUACAGUUAGCUCUAGAAAGAUCAAGGCGAUCUAAAGUUAAAAAAGAAAAAGAUCCAGAGAAUGGAAUAUUAGAAAGAAUGGCGACUAUUAUUCGGAAACAGCCUCAACCUGAAAACGAACAAUCUUCUGCUAGCAGAUCUAGGAAGAAAAACAAAGGCACCAUUAUACUUGACUCUACCUCGGAAUUUUGCAGAACAUUGGGUGAAAUACCAACCAUUGGUCCCCAAACUUCUCAUAAUGAAGUAGAUGAAAAUGAAGAUAUGGAGUUAGAAACCACGCAGGUGGAAACUAAAGGUGGCUGGGAACGUGUUCAGAGUGCUGAAAAUGAAACAAAGAUUGACAAAAAAAAUGAUGAUAUAGAUGACAAUGUUUUGGAACCAGAGCCUUUACCAUCAGGAAUGGCGUCAACACUUCGACUUGCAAACAUGAAAGGUUAUUUGAAAAGUGGAAAUGAAAAAGUUCGUAAAUUUGAUCCGUUGAACUUACCUGAAACCAAAGCAGAAGUUGAUAUUGAAAAAUUAAGAGAUGAAGAAAAAGCUAAAUACAGUCGUGGAGGAGCCUAUGAUAGAGAUAGGUACGAUCCUUAUGCCUUUAAAGAGAAAACCAAUUACAAACCAAAUGUUAAACUGGAGUAUGUUGAUAACAAAGGCAGAGAACUAUCUCAAAAAGAGGCGUUUCGUUUAUUAUCACACAAAUUUCAUGGUAAAGGAUCUGGUAAACUUAAAACAGAAAAGCGAGCAAAUAAAAUAAAAGAAGAAAAGAAGUUGCAGCUCAUGAGUUCAAUUGAUACACCUCUUAACACUGCUGCCAUGUUUAAGGAGAAACAAAAAGCUUCACAGUCACCUUAUAUUGUUCUCAGUGGUGGAGGCAAAAAUCUUUUAUCAGGGGGAAGUUUGAAGAAAUGAAUCCUUUUGUGGUACAGUGGUAUAUAAAUCAUAAUGGUAUCUGAUUGUGUUUGCCUAACCGCUAAUAUAACAGUGGUAGUUUCAUAUUGCAAUUACAAGAUGACAUCAUCAUCAGGCUAUCAGCAGAAUAUGACCUGUCAGCAGAUUAUUGACAUUUGAAUUGUUGUAUAAUAAUUUAUAAUAAAUUAUGUUGAAAUCUUAAAAGGAAAAGACAAACAUUAUAAAAUCAA